AUGUCAAUCCCUCCUGCCGAAGAUGGAAUUCGACUGCCACCUGUUUCGGCUGGAGGAGUAUCAAUGGAGGUCUGUGUCCUUCCUAGGAAAGAGGGGAUUUGGUUGGAAGAUGGGGUUUCAGUGGAUGUGAUUGAAAGAAAGCCAGAUGGUGACUACGAGUUUACGACUAUCAUUCUUUCCGAAAUGGUCUGGCAAGAUGAUCAUAUUGCCGUCUUUGGUGGAGCGGGCAACGAGCAGCAGUUCAUAGUGGUGACAUCUACUUUCCGUGUCAACUCUCCUCCCCCACUUGGCUAUGCGAUGUAUCACACGUUCGGUGAGUACAUUCGAGCUCUCUUCAGCUCUGACCGCAAACGUGUUCCCGCAUCUGAUGGCAAUGUCUUGGAGAUUGCGAGGCGAGCAUUAGCAGGAGUGGGAAGUAUGAUCUUUCGUCGAUUUGCUAGGCCAUGA